CCCCUCCUUCGGCGACGACGCGACCACCACCUGCGCGGACCAUGGAGGCUGCGAGUGCCCGCUAUGCUGCGCGCGAUCGCUUCGCAUUUCCUACUGAGCCGGCAGCAACACCUCUUCAGCGGUACAUACAGAACGCCUGCUCUCCCGAGAACUUCGAGCCGAAUCUAGCAUUGUCUCUCGAAAUCGCGGACCUGAUCAAUGCUAAGAAAGGCGGUGCACCGCGCGAGGCUGCUGUCACGAUUGUUGGCUUCAUAAACCACCGCAACCCGAAUGUCAGCUUGCUCGCUCUAUCACUGCUGGACAUAUGCGUGAAGAACUGCGGCUACCCUUUCCACCUACAAAUCUCCACCAAGGAAUUCCUCAACGAGCUGGUCAGACGCUUCCCCGAACGCCCGCCGAUCAGAACGACAAGAGUGCAGAACAAAAUUCUUGAGUUGAUCGAAGAAUGGCGGCGGACCAUAUGCGAGACGAGCAAAUACAAGGAGGACCUGGGUUUCGUCCGGGAUAUGCACAGGCUACUGCACUACAAGGGCUACCAAUUCCCCGAAGUCAGGCGCGAGGAUGUCGCAGUGUUGAAUCCAAGUGACAACAUAAAGUCGGCAGAGGAGAUGGAGGCAGAAGAAAGAGAGUCGCAGAGUGCAAAACUUCAGGAAUUGAUCCGUCGAGGCACACCGCACGAUUUGCAGGAAGCGAACAAAUUGAUGAAGGUCAUGGCUGGAUAUGACACACGAAACAAGACCGACUACCGCGCCAAGGCAGCGGAGGAGGUCAGCCGGAUCCAGCAAAAGGCGAAGCUCCUGGAGGAAAUGCUGCAAGGCUACAAGGAGGGCGACGAGAUCAAAGAGGGAGAUGUGUUUGAAGAGCUGGCAAAUUCACUGGCUAGCGCACACCCAAAGAUCCAGAAAAUGUGUGAGGAGGAAAGUGACGAUACAGAGGCAGUCGCAAAGCUGUUCGAGAUCAACGAUUCGAUUCAUCGAACGAUUGAAAGAUACAAGCUGGUGAAGAAGGGAGAUAUUGCAGCUGCGAAUGCAAUACCCAAGGGCACACUGGGCGUCAGUGGAGCCGGCGUACAAAAGGGUCCCGACAACGAAUUGAGCUUGAUAGACUUCGGGGGAUCAGAAGAGGCUGCUCCGUCAGAAUCCACAAGCUACCAAUCGUCAAGCUCUGCAGCGCCGAAAUCAGCCGGGAAUGCACUGGAAGACGAUCUUCUCGGCUUGAACAUGGGCGAUGGCAACUACGGGCAAGGCGGUGGCAUCUCUCUUGGAAACGCAGACAUCAUGGCUCAAUUUUCUCAACCAUCAUCUGCAGCCAACUCGAUCUUCUCUCAACAGUCCAGAGCCGCACCUCCCGCAUCUCCAACGCCAGCGAGCUUCAACCUUUUCGCAUCAAACUCCCAACCCACAUCCAAGCCCACGACACCGAUUCCAUCAUCUCUUCAGUCACAGACCAUGGCCCACAAUAAGGCAAAAGCCUCCGACCCCUUUGCGGCGCUCAGCACACCUUCACGACAGUCCUCACCUUUCCAAGCGCAGACGACCGCAAAAUCAUCACAACCGCCGCCUUCCCCAAAUAUGGAUCUCCUCGGCAUUGACAGCAGCAGCAAUGGCACUGCCGCAGCACCUCCAGACGAUGAGUGGGAGUUCUCUUCUUCUCUACCAGAGCCCGCCAAGCCAGCAGAGAUCACAGUCACCAGCUCCGCUAUCCGAACCAUCUUCACCGUCACACGCGAAGGCGAAGAGCUCCUCAUCCACAGCAGAAUAAGCAACUCCACCGCUGAGCCGAUAGGAGACUUGACUUUUCAAUUGGCCGUAACAAAAGGCUAUACGCUCAAACUCGAACCUCAAUCAAGCAGAAACUUAGCACCAAAACAACAAGACGGCAUCACACAGAUCAUACGCUUACAAGGCGUUGAAAGGGGGAAGGGUGGUAGUGUGAAGAUGCGAUGGCGAGCGGGUUAUACAGUUGGCGGCAAACAGACAAAUGAGCAGGGUGAGCUCAAUGGAUUUGGAUCAGUGGUUUGA